AUGAAUAACGAUUAUUCUUGGGAUGAACGAAUAGAUGAUUUUAUGUCCGUUCUUCAUAACAAAUCCGUUUCAACAACAAAGAUAUUCUUAAAAAUGUCUUUAUUAUCUACCCUAGUCAUUUUAUUUUUUUUAAAAAAUGACGAAGAAAAGAUUACAGAACAAGAUGAUAUUUUCACACAAAUUAAAGUUCGAACGAAACAUCUUAUUAGUCAAGAAAUCAUUAAUACAGAAAUUGAUGAACAAAUAAGAAAUUUUCAACAUAUUAAAGAAUUGCUUUUAAAAUAUUUAAUCAAUCAAAAAGGUGAACCAGCCAUUCUCAUAACAAACCUUGUCGAAAAAUGUAAUUUAUUUUUCGAAAAUCUUUUGAAGAGUGAAAAAAUCUUUCACAUCAUCCCUUUCACCAUCACUUUUGCGAUCGUACAUCUUACCAUUUUGAGAGAAUCAUUAAAGUUAAAAACGUCAAGCGUUGAUGAGGUGAAGGAAAUUAUUUCUCGUUAUCAAAGCCAUUUUUCGGAUUCUUUUCAUCAAUUCUUUACGUGGAGGAUGGAUCAGAUAACAACAAAAACCUUGAUUACCAAUGAUUCAUCUUCAUCAUCGCUCUUCACUUUUCGUGCUAAUGGUGAAGUCAGAGAUACAAUUAGCAAUAAACAAGUUAAUUAUGUUGCAAAAUCUUCAAAUGACCAAAUAUUUUUAAAAGUUUUUGAUCUUAUCAAGUUAAGAAUGCUUAAUGAGACCAAAGUAGAGCUUAUGAAAAUGUUUUUACAUAUUUUUUCAUUAGUCAAAUCCUUUUCUGAUUAUGAAACUUUGCGUGUAAUAUCUUGGCCUCUUAAUGUAAGAAGUUUUUGGGUUGGGCCAUACGGAAUUGAUACGUUUCCUGAUGGUUCACAUAAUUUAGAAGAUAAUUCUAAAUUAUUUUACAAUAUAUCUGAUGAUGAUCCUGGCAUUAUCACAAAAAUUGUAGUGAGACAUUAUGGUAUAAUUGAUCGCGUUCAGGCUUAUUAUUCUAAUGAAAAUGAUCAACCCAAUAAUGAAAAUUAUAGAGCUGGAAAAAGCAUUGGAACAGGAACAGGUGGAACGGAAACUAUAAUUUCAGAUCUGGAUAACUUUUCAAAAUAUAUUAUUGCUAUAUAUAUAAAAUUUCAUCAUGGAUUACUUGCUGCUAUAGAAUUUAUUUUUAAUGAUGGUAAAACCACGGGAAUUUUAGGAGAUAUUGCUAAAGAAAAAACUACUAGAACUGUACAAAUUGGUCCAUUUGGAAAAUAUAAUGAAUUUAGACUAUCAGGAAUGUCUGGAGGUGGAGGAAAGGUCAUAAUGGGUAAGGAAGAUUUUGGUGAAAAUGCUGCUCAUAUAGCAUUUCACUUUCAAUACGUCGAUUCUCUUUGA